GUUAUUAUGUAAUACAUCAUUAUAUAUACAACAAUUACCAAUCAAAUGACAAUCUGUGUCUUUCUCUGCGUCCUUGACCACCUUGUUCACUACCUUUUUUCCUAUUAGCCAAUCAAAAAACUCUAUUUGUUGGACCUUGUCCACCUUGACCAUUUUUCCUAUUAGCCAACAAAAAGACUAUAUUUAUUUGACUUUGUCUUUCUAUCUCAAACUUUUUUUAAAUAUGGCAAUAACUAAAGAACAGGCGAUAUGCUUGUUAUUCUGUGAAGAAAUAAAUGAAGAUAACAUAUCUGGACUUACAAAACGAAUCAACUUAAUGAAGGACAUUGACAUCUGCUAUGAAAAGGAUCCGCAUCAGCCGAUUCUUUUGCCAAUCAUUAGGAUAAACGCAAAUCAGUUUACUUAUCAUAGAUAUUCAAGUAAUGCUUUAAAGUUGGGGGAAAAAUCAAUAAAUGAAAAUAUAAAGCUUACCUCUGACACUCAAAUCAUUCGACUUUUAAACGAACUGUAUCUACCCUUUGAUCCUUAUAAUGAAGAAACAUAUGAGCAGAGAGAUGUUGCAAUGAAAGAUAUUCUCUCUCUAUUGUGAAAAUAUACAGAUAAAUUUGACAGUAAAACGAUCAACUCAUUCACGUCAUGGUGGUCAAAGAGUAAAUUCCCAUUCAUGCAAGUAGAGUCCUCAAGAAAGUCACUAAAAAACAAUGAUAUGGAGAGAAUCCGAUAUUGCAGGCUAUAUGUGGUUAAAAAUAAAUUUAUAAAUGAUAUUGCAAACGGAAUCAGGGAAGACAUACCUAAAUUCCAACAAUACGUUAAUAACCUCAAGUCAAAUGGAUAUGAAGUAGUUGGUUAUGUAAGAAAGUCGUAUGGAAAUGAAGAUAAGGACACAAGAAUCAGAUUACUUCAAUCUAUGAUAGAUAAAAUGCUUGAAAGAUUGUUAGUUGAUAAAAUUUAUGUUUCAUCAAUGUCACACGC